GCCCCAUGAUCCGGUCCAAACCACCGCGACUCGCGAUCCUCCGCCGCCUCCUGGCGAUGUCCGCGCGCAAGUGAUCCGCGGUAUGGUUGAUCCUCUUAAGGUGUUUUGGGUGUUAACCAACAGCACUUACCUAGUGACAAAAUUCAUCCGUAUUGGAAUUGCCGACAAGAAUGACAACCCGCCGUACUUCGAUAAGGCUCUGUACGAGGCGGAGGUCGACGAGAAUGAAGACAUCCAGCAUACGGUGCUCACGGUCACCGCCAAAGAUCACGAUGAAUCCUCUCGUAUUCGAUACGAGAUCACAAGCGGUAACAUAGGAGGUGCGUUCGCUGUCAAGAACAUGACGGGUGCCAUCUACGUCGCCGGGGCUUUGGAUUAUGAAACGCGGAAACGGUACGAAGUUACGCUCGUCGCCUCGGACAGCCUGAACGAGAACUCCACUCGUGUGGUGAUCCACGUGAAGGACGUUAACGAUCAUCCACCCGUCUUUAAGCAAUCCCUCUACGCGGCGACCAUUAACGAGGAGCUGGACGGAAUCUAUCCUUUCAAACUCAUGCAGGUUACGGCGACGGACGGCGACAAGGAUAGGCCCCAGAACAUCGUUUACUUCCUGACUGGACAGGGCAUCGAUCCGGAUAAUCCUGCGAACAGCAAAUUCGACAUCAACAGGACUACCGGAGAGAUUUUCGUGUUGAAGCCUUUGGAUAGAGAUCAGCCGAAUGGACGUCCGCAGUGGAGGUUCACUGUGUUCGCGCAGGACGAAGGUGGUGAAGGUUUGGUGGGUUAUGCAGAUGUGCAGGUGAACCUGAAGGACAUCAACGACAACGCGCCGAUAUUCCCGCAAGGUGUGUACUUUGGAAACGUGACGGAGAACGGCACCGCUGGAAUGGUCGUGAUGACGAUGACGGCAGUCGAUUACGACGAUCCGUCUGAAGGAACGAACGCCCGUCUCGUCUACUCGAUCGAGAAGAACGUGAUCGAAGAGGAGACAGGAUCACCGAUCUUCGAGAUCGAAUCAGAGACUGGUGUGAUCAAAACGGCCGUCUGCUGCUUGGAUCGCGAACGCACCCCGGACUACUCGAUACAGGUGGUGGCGAUGGAUGGUGGAGGUCUGAAGGGAACCGGGACGGCUUCCAUAAGGGUUAAAGAUAUCAACGAUAUGCCGCCGCAGUUCACCAAGGACGAGUGGUUCACGGAGGUGGAUGAAACCGAUGGUGUUAAUCUGCCAGAGAUGCCGAUUCUGACGGUGACGGUGCAUGAUGAGGAUGAGACCAAUAAGUUCCAAUAUAAGGUGAUCGAGAACAGCGGUUACGGAGCCGACAAAUUCACGAUGGUGCGCAACAACGAUGGUACUGGAUCUCUGAAGAUUGUCCAACCUUUGGAUUACGAAGAUCUUCUGCAGAGCAACGGGUUCAGGUUCAGGAUCCAGGUGAACGAUAAGGGUGAAGACAACGACAACGAUAAGUACCACGUGGCCUACAGCUGGGUUGUGGUGAAGCUUAGAGACAUCAACGACAACAAACCGCAAUUCGAGCGACCCAACAUCGAGGUUUCGGUGUACGAGAACGCCGAGGUUGGUAAGAGUUUGGAGACGUUCAAAGCGACAGAUCCGGAUCAAGGUGGAAAGAGCAAGGUUUCGUACGCCAUCGACAGAAGCUCAGAUAGGAAGAGGCAGUUCUCCAUCAAUCAGGAGGGCACCGUCAGCAUUCAGCGUUCUUUGGACAGAGAAGACACUCCGCGCCAUCAGGUCAAGAUUUUGGCCAUCGACGAUGGAGUCCCACCGAAGACGGCGACCGCCACUCUGACGGUCAUCGUGCAGGACAUCAACGAUAACGCCCCGACUUUCCUCAAGGACUACCGCCCAGUUCUCCCCGAGCACGUGCCACCCCGUAAAGUCGUCGAGAUCCUCGCGACCGAUGACGAUGACCGUUCGAAGAGCAACGGCCCUCCGUUCCAAUUCAGGCUGGACCCGGGCGCCGACGACAUCAUUCGGGCCUCCUUCAAAGUGGAACAGGAUCAGAAGGGUGCUAAUGGUGAUGGAAUGGCAAUCGUAUCGUCGCUCAGGUCGUUCGACAGGGAACAGCAGAAGGAGUAUUUGAUUCCGAUAGUGAUAAAGGACCACGGCAAUCCGGCCAUGACCGGCACGAGCACCCUGACCGUCGUUAUCGGAGACGUCAAUGAUAACAAGAUGCAGCCGGGAUCGAAGGAGAUAUUCGUGUACAAUUACCAGGGACAAGCGCCGGAGACGGAGAUCGGCAGGGUGUACGUGUACGAUUUGGACGAUUGGGAUCUGCCCGACAAGAAGUUCUAUUGGGAGGGAGUCGAACAUCCCAGGUUCAAGUUGAACGAAGAUACGGGGAUGGUGUCGAUGAAGCACGGCACCAGAGAUGGGAAGUACCAUUUACGGUUCAAGGUCUACGAUAGGAAGCACACGCAGAACGACGUCCCGGCAAAUGUGACGGUGACGGUGAAGGAGAUCCCGCACGAGGCUGUAAUCAAUUCGGGAUCGGUGCGCAUAGCCGGUAUCACCGAUGAGGACUUCAUCCGGAUAUGGAACUACAAGACGCAGAGUCUGUCGAAGAGCAAGGCCGAGAAGUUCAAGGAUAAAAUUGCGGAGCUCCUGAGCACUCACAGGGAUAACGUGGACGUGUUCAGCGUGCAGCUCAGGAGGAAGCAUCCGCCCGUCACCGAUGUCAGGUUCUCAGCUCAUGGCUCACCUUAUUACAAGCCGGUGCGGCUUAACGGAAUCGUGCUGAUGCAUCGCGAGGAUAUCGAGAAGGCAGUCGGCAUCAAUAUAACGAUGGUGGGAAUCGACGAGUGUCUUUACGAAAAUCAAAUGUGCGAAGGUUCUUGCACGAACACGCUCGACAUCAGCGCCUUACCUUACAUGGUGAACGCGAACAAGACAUCUCUGGUGGGAGUACGCGUCGACGUUCUGGCCGAAUGCACUUGCGGCGCUAGGAACUUCAGCAAGGAAGAGAAUUGCAGGAACAACCCGUGCUACAACGGUGGUCGCUGCAUCGAGACCAGAUACUCGUUGACGUGCUCGUGUCCUGCGGGUUACAACGGCCCCAGAUGCCAGCAAACCUCGAGAAGCUUCAGAGGAAACGGUUGGGCUUGGUAUCCGCCUUUGGAGAUGUGCGACAACUCUCAUCUGCACUUUGAGUUCGCCACGCGUAAACCUGAUGGACUACUCUUGUACAACGGUCCCAUAGUACCACCAGAAACCGAUGAACAAUUGGUAUCCGAUUAUAUAUCUGUUGAAUUGGAUAGAGGCUACCCCAAAUUACUCAUCGACUUUGGUUCUGGAACUUUGGAGUUGCGCGUCAAGACUAAAAAGACUUUGGAUGAUGGCGAGUGGCAUAGACUGGAUAUAUUCUGGGACACCGAGAAUAUUCGUAUGGUUGUGGAUUACUGCAAAUCGGCGGACAUCGCGGAACUCGAGGAUGGAACACCUCCAGAUUUUGAUGAUAGCAGUUGCCAAGCGCAGGGAACGAUCCCUCCCUUCAACGAGUAUCUGAACGUUAAUGCACCUCUUCAACUUGGCGGUUUGUACGUGGAGCAGUUCGACCCGACGCAUUACCAUUGGCAAUACAUGCCCGUUGGAAAGGGUUUCGACGGAUGCAUCAGAAACCUGUUCCACAACUCGAAGUUGUACGAUCUGGCGCAUCCUGGAUUAUCCAGGAACAGUGUUUCUGGUUGUCCGCAGACUGAAGAGGUUUGCGGAAAAUCGGAUGCGACCUCGCGUUGUUGGGAGCACGGAACCUGCGUCGGAUCAUUCAACGAGGCCAAAUGCCAAUGCAGACCCGGAUGGACUGGUCCUGCUUGCACCAUCCAAACUAUCCCGACGUCUUUCAAACCGCAGUCGUACGUCAAAUACGCGCUCAGUUUCGAGCCGGAUCGCUUCUCCACGCAGAUCCAGCUUCGGUUCAGGACGCGCGAAGAGCACGGAGAGUUGUUCCGCGUUUCCGAUCAGCACAAUCGGGAGUACGGGAUCUUGGAGAUCAAGGAUUCGCGUCUCCACUUUAGAUACAACUUGAAUUCACUGCGCACGGAAGAGAAGGAUAUUUGGUUGAGCGCCGUGGCCGUCGAUGAUGGUCAAUGGCACGUGGCGAGAGUGAGUCGUUACGGAUCCGCCGCCACCCUCGAGUUGGAUGGAGGCGAAGGUCGCAGAUACAACGAAACCUUUAUGUUCACCGGUCACCAAUGGUUGUUGGUCGAUAAACAGGAAGGAGUCUACGCAGGUGGCAAGGCCGAAUACACCGGUGUCAGGACUUUCGAGGUGUACGCCGAUUACCAAAAAGAAUUACCUGAUUGA